CCGGGCGAGGACGGCCGCCGGGCCCCGCCUCCUCCCCGCCCCGCCCGCCGCCGCCGGAGCUGGGAGCCGCGCGGGCAGGCCCGCCGCCGCCCGUCCCCGGUCCCCGGUCCCCGGUCCUCGCCGCGGGGAGAGCGAUCGCGGCCGGGCGGGCGGAGCCGCGGCGCAUGGCGGGCCCGCGGGGCGCGCUGCUGGCCUGGUGCCGCCGCCAGUGCGAGGGCUACCGCGGCGUGGACGUGCGCGACCUGAGCGGCUCCUUCCGGGACGGCCUGGCCUUCUGCGCCAUCCUGCACCGGCACCGGCCCGACCUGCUAGAUUUUGAUUCGCUUUCCAAGGACAAUGUCUUCGAGAAUAACCGUUUGGCCUUUGAAGUGGCUGAGAAGGAGCUGGGCAUUCCUGCUCUCCUGGACCCCAAUGACAUGGUCUCCAUGAAGGUCCCCGACUGCCUCAGCAUCAUGACCUACGUGUCCCAGUAUUACAACCACUUCGCCAGCCACGGCCAAGCCGGUGUCUCAGCUCCCAGGAAGGGCCUGUCCCCCUCCUCCCCGCCGCCCACUCCAGCGGAACCGGAAGACAGGGCUCAGGGCGAGGAGCUGGCCUCCGGGCAGCUGUCGGAGCCGGAGGGGGGCGCCCAGCGGCCCCCCAGCAGCGUGUGCGCGGCCUGCGGGCAGCACGUGCACCUGGUGCAGCGGUACCUGGCGGAGGGCCGGCUCUUCCACCGGCACUGCUUCCGGUGUCGGCAGUGCUCCAGCACCCUGAUCCCCGGGGCCUACCGGGCCGGGCCUGAGGAGGGCACCUUCGUGUGCGCGGAGCACUGUGCCCGGCUGGGCCCCGGCGGGCGGGGGGCCAGGCCCCGGUCCCCACCACAGCCGGAGCGACAGCAGGAAGAAGGCAGGGACGCGGCAGCGGAGGCCACGGAUGUGGAGGGCGGCGGCCCCAGCCCGAGGGCGGCCGCGGGGGCUGAGGCCCGGCCCCGGGUGCCCACCAAGCCCUGCGUUCCGGACAGACCGCCGGAUCCGGCCAGCCCCCAGGCCGGCCGCCCCAUGCCCGCCCCCAGGAAGACCGUGGAGGGCACAGCCCCGCCGCCCUCCGUGCCCCCGACGCCCCGGCCCCGGUCCAGCCUGCAGCCGGAGAACCCGGUGGAGCAGGGAGGCAGCAGCCUGGUGAACGGACGGCUGAACGAGCCCCCCGUCCCCAAGCCGAGAGGGACGCCCAAGCUGUCAGAGAGGACGCCCGCCCCCCGGAAGGACCCUCCCUGGAUCGCGCUGGUCCAGGCGGAGACGAAGAAGAAGCCGGCCCCCCCGCCCCCGGGCAGCAGCCCCCGGCCGCCCGGCCGGGACAGCAGGCGGGCGGAGGACGGCGGCGAGGAGGCGGCCCCCAGGAGCCCGGCGGCCGCUGGCCCGGAGCCCAAGCCCUACAACCCCUUCGAGGAGGGGGAGGGGGAGGCGGAGGAGCCGCCUGCUGCACCCAGUCCGGCCACCAGCCCUGCCCAGGCCCCCCCGGAGUCCGCACCCAAGUCCCUGCACCCCUGGUACGGCAUCACCCCCACCAGCAGCCCCAAGACCAAGAAGCGCCCCGCCCCCCGGGCGCCCAGUGCGUCCCCGCUCGCCCUCCACGCCUCCCGCCUCUCACACUCGGAGCCGCCCUCGGCCACCCCGUCGCCGGCCCUCAGCGUGGAGAGCCUGUCCUCCGAGAGCUCCGGCCAGCCCACCGGCGGGGCCCUCCUGGAGCUGCCGGCUGUGCCCAAGAGCUCCUCCGAGCCUGCCGUCCACGCCCCCGGCACCCCCGGCACCGCUGCCAGCCUCUCCGCCGACUCCUCCCUGUCCUCCUCGGGGGAGCUGGCGCAGCCCGCCCCGGACCGGACGCCUCAAGCCAGCCCCGGCCUCGCCCCCAAGGCCAGGGGCAGCCCGGGCGCCCCGCCAGCCAAGCCCUGCAGCGGCGCUGCCCCCACCCCUCUCCUGUUGGUGGGAGACAAGGGCCCCGGGCCUUCGCCUGGCACCUCAUCCCCACAGCUCCAGGUAAAGUCUUCCUGCAAGGAGAACCCUUUUAACCGGAAGGCGUCGCCCACAGCGUCCCCCGCCACAAAGAAAGCCACCAGAGGACCCAGGCCGGCCCGGCCCCCGGCCCCGGGACACGGCUUCCCACUCAUCAAGCGCAAGGUCCAGGCUGACCAGUACGUCCCCGAGGAGGACAUCCACCGCGAGGUGGACACCAUCGAGCGCCAGCUGGACGCCCUGGAACUGCGUGGGGUGGACCUGGAGAAGAGGCUGCGAGGCGGGGUGAAUGAGGGCCACGAGGACGACAUGCUGGUGGACUGGUUCAGGCUCAUCCACGAGAAGCACCUGCUGGUGCGACGGGAGUCCGAGCUCAUCUACGUCUUCAAGCAGCAGAACCUGGAGCAGCGCCAGGCCGACGUGGAGUAUGAGCUCCGGUGCCUCCUCAACAAGCCCGAAAAGGACUGGACGGAGGACGACCGCGGCCGGGAGAAGGUGCUGAUGCAGGAGAUGGUGACCCUCAUCGAGCAGCGCAAUGCCAUAGUCAACUGCCUGGAUGAGGACCGGCAGAGGGAGGAAGAGGAAGAUAAGAUGCUGGAAGCCAUGAUUAAGAAGAAAGAGUUCCAGAAGGAGGCUGAAUCCGAGGGCAGCAAGAAGGGCAAGUUCAAGAAGGUGAAGGUGCUGAAGCUGCUGACACCAAAUAAGCGUGACGCCAAGAGCAAGUCCCCCGGGGACAAGAGCUAACAGCGAGGGCACCCCCUCCCGCCGGCUCAGCCUGUCCGGCCUGGUUCCGACGACUCAGAUGCUGUGACAGACCCGAGGAGAAAGCUCCUCGGUCCUUCCCCUGAGGUGUGCGCAGGCCUCCUGCCUCCAGGGUCCUGCUCGCAGGCAGAGAGCAGGGCUUGGCUGCGUGGCUGCCUCCUGCCCGCCGGGCCGGCUCGGUCCCCGUCCUCCUCGCCGGGCGGGUGGCCAGUCUGCUUCUCCCUCGGGAGCUCUAUUUAUGACGUCUCCGUGUCACUCAGUGACUGUGUCCUCAGCUGAGUGGGGCUGAUGGACGAAACCCUCCCUCUGUCUCUAAGUUCUAGGAGGUGCUUCCCUCGCUCCUUGCUCUGUAGGGACCUCGCAGGACAGGGGCUGUGCUGGCCGCACAGGGAGCUGAGUCUCCCCAGGAGUCUCGGAGGCAGGCUCGGUGGCAGCUCCCGAUGGACUGAGGGGUCUGCUUCGCGUAGGUGCUAAUCCCGAUCUGACACUGGAGUGAGGCCCAUGGAGGCUCCCCACGCCCCCCAGGGGGUGCGGGCCCAUCCCUGCGUGUGUCACCACCUGUCUGUCUCCUCACACCCCUGUUGCUUGUUCUUCCCCCACCUGUUCCCACCAGAGGACUGAGGCCACUCCCCCCUGGGAGGAGCGGGGGCCGGGCCUUCUCCCUGGACUGUGCCAGCAGCUCUCGGCCGAACCCGCGGCUAUAGCUGGUCUGGGGCCUCAGGCCCCUUCCUCAGCACCCCUCUGGGAAGGAUGGCACUGUGUUACGCCCACAAUAAACGGAGACCUCCUCACUGCAGUGCCCGCAGCCUCGGUGCUGUGCCUGGCCAGCUCUGCCUUCCUUCCCGCCUCCAGGUGCCCGGCCUCACUGGGGCCCAGGAGGCGUGGACGGCUUUGGCCUCACUGCUGCCCUGGGGCGGGACGCCCUGGCAGCCCCCUUCUCGUGUGCCUACUGCUCUGGGGCCGGGUCGCCGACUCCAGGGCCUUCCAGGGGCCAGGAUGCGCGGGCCGCGAGCGGUGGCUCCACUGAGCUGCCUCCAUGUCAGGAGACUCGGGUGGUGGGAAUGUGCCGUGUCAUCAUAUCUUUCCAUUUUUCAAAAGAAGCUAGAAAUCCAGA